AUGCGAGUCUUCAUAACCGUAGGCUCGACAAAGUUCGACGCGUUGAUCGAGGCGGUACUCUCCCAGAGUGUGUUGGAGGCGUUGAGCUCGCGUGGGUACGGCGAGGUCGUCGUGCAAUGUGGCAACUCGCGCGUUGAGGACGCGAUCCUCGGCGACGCGCGCCUUCUCCAUGGCGCACGCGUCUCGGUUUAUCGCUUCAAGCCGUCGCUCACACAAGAUGUGGAUGAUGCUGACUUGAUCAUAAGCCAUGCUGGGUCGGGAACGAUCCUCGAUGUUUUACGGAGGAGCAAGCCGCUGAUCGUCGUGCCCAACGAGACGCUCCUCGACAACCAUCAGAAGGAGCUCGCAGACGCACUGGGCGGCAUGGGCUAUCUCAUAGCAUGCGCAGUGAACAAUCUCGCCGGGACAAUAGCUGGCUUUGACGCCAAGGCACUCAAGCCAUUCCCCGAGUUCGACGGCAGUCGCUUUCGGAACAUCUUGGAUGCAGAGAUGGGGUUUCCCGUUUGA